UCGCUGGACAAUCAGCACGUUUGUAAUCCGCGAGGAACGUACGGCCCCAACCGUAGCAGGAUCUAAUCACACCUCGUAGAUAUCAAUCAUACAGUUAAAAUGCCACGAGUUCAUACGUUCCUGUUUUUGAUAGUGAUUGCGUUCCUACAUUCCGAUGCCCAGACUGGCACCCCAAAGAAGGUGCAAACGCACCCUCCAGCGAUUGUUUCCACGAGUGGCCUACAGAGACUGGCAAACGCACCGAUGGACAAUUUACAGCAGGCCUUGGAGCAACUGCUCGUCGAGCGAGUCGUCGGCACACCGGGCCAUGAAACGGUGAAAAACUAUAUAAUCGAUCAGAUGAAGGCACUUGGGUGGACCGUAGAUUUGGAUGAAUUUGAUGACACAGCACCGAUCGUUGGAAAGCAGCGGUUUACAAAUAUAAUUGCCUCGGUCAACCCCGACGCGGAACGAAACCUCGUGCUGGCCUGCCACUAUGACAGUAAAUAUUUCCCCGGACAGAAGUUUAUCGGUGCAACGGAUUCGGCUGUGCCUUGUGCAAUGCUACUCUCAAUUGCUGCCUCCCUCAGUCCACUUCUCGAAACCAUGAAAGACAAAAAGGAUCUCAACCUGCAGUUUAUUUUCUUCGAUGGUGAGGAAGCCUUCCAGAGUUGGAGUGCCACCGAUUCAAUUUACGGAGCACGUCACCUGGCGGAACGCUGGGAGAAGGAAGAUCGUCUCAAACGAAUGGACGUCCUGGUCCUGCUCGAUCUGCUCGGCACCCCGGAGCCCAAUUUCUACAGCUACUUCGCGGAAACAGAGAACUGGUACGUGCAGCUGCUGUCGGCCGAGCGACGCCUGGAUGAGUUGGGCCAUCUGGAGAACUACAGCACUAGCAGUGUAUCCCCGACGCAACGCACCAUUGCCUACUUCAAACCACAUUCCUAUACCGCCCAUAUCGAGGAUGACCAUAUUCCGUUCCUCCAGCGUGGGGUCCCAGUCCUGCACAUCAUUCCUAGCCCAUUCCCAGACGUGUGGCACAAGCUGGAGGAUAACGGUGAUAUCGUUGACCUACCGACGGUGCACAAUUUGAUAAGAAUUUUCCGCGUAUUCAUUGCGGAAUAUAUUCACCUUCCCUUGUGACGGUUAAAAACGGAGUUGUAGGCCACGUGUUUAGGUAAAAUUCGCUUACGUCCAAAAUGUACUUAUGGUGCAUACCUAACUACACCCCGUGAAAUUGUAACUUGUUUUUUUUUAUUACCAUGAUUUUAUUGAAGUUUUGAAUCGAAGAAACAAAAACACCAACGAAGCACAAUCUUAAAAUUUUACCAAACGGAGCAUAUCGAAAAAACAACUAAUUGAAACCAUUGUGCAAUACACAACUAUUGUUGAUUCAACUGUAUUAACGACGUAAAAUUGAUUGUUGAAUAAAAAAUAUACAACACCGUUAAAAUGAUGUAUAAAAAAGAAUCAGUAAGUGUUUUUGAAGCACGUGUUUCCAUACAAAAUGGUGCAGCUGUUUAAAUUCAGAAGCAUGUUUUUCUUUCUUUCCGCUCCCCAUUUACACAUACUGACACGGCUAUUAACUAGGGCAAAAGGGUAACAAUAAGGGCUCGUGCAUUUUGAUAAAACUACGAUUUAUCAAGCGUGCAUUCGAUAGAAAAAUAGUUAAAUAUUCAUGCAUUAUCAUGAUGCUAUUGAAAUAAGUUUGUAAUAAUUUCCAUUCGAUGUCAGUAUAACAAUGUUAAUGCAUUUUUAUGCGUUUCAAUUCUUUCUUCAAUUUUACGAUCAUUUGCAAGAGCUAGUAGAAAAUUUAUUUCGUAUCAUAGAUGAGAUUAAAUGUUUCGGGGAGUUGGAAAUUGGAUAAAAAAAAUUAUUU